CAAACAUGCCUGGGUACUCUGAGUCAGCAAGGCCGAGCUUUGCGAGGGGCCGAUCGGGUUAGAGAUCAGAGAGCAGCAGCAAUAGCAGCGCCGCGGGUCUGACUGACGUUCAACUCUGCGCACAAUCGGCGUGAGGCCGUACGUGAUGAGGGAGCGCAGCGACUGCCCGCAGCUUAUUGACAGCAGAGCCUCAACCUUCAGGGCUUCAACAGCCCGAGUAUGACCCUUCAAAGGUGAUACUCUGGAAACGCAAGUGUUCAGGGCGUACACUCCUCUGCUCUUGCAGAGGGAGACGCGAAGCAGGAAGCUGGAGUGAAGCCGCAGUUUCCCAGGGCUCUCUCCCCUCUGGAAUCUGAAGAUCGUCAGGCCCCAAGAGCUGAGUUCCUGCACUUGCGAGAGGGUCUUGUGAUUGUCAGCGCGCACUGUUUUGACAGCCCUGAAGUGCAUUUUCUUCAGAGUUGUGGUAGACCAUGGGACUAAUAGCCUAAAAGAACAUGUAAGAAAGAAGAUGUCAGAACAUAAAAGCAGAAACAAAGGCAAACUGCUACAUAAUACCAACCUAUACAUUGAUCUUCUAUCAACACAAUGGCCUAUAGUAUAUUCUUCUGACUAUAAUAUCUCAUUUCUGGGCCUGGAAAAGCUUCAUCCUUUUGAUUCGGGAAAGUGGGGGAAAAUUGUCCACUUUUUAAAAGAAGAGAAAUUAAUAAGUGACGAGACCAUCGUAAAAGCCCAAGAAGCACAGGAAGAUGACUUAUUGGUAGUGCACACAAGGCGCUACCUCAAUAAACUCAAGUGGUCAUUUAUAGUUGCUACGAUAACAGAGAUACUGCCUGUGGCAUUCCUCCCUAACUUCAUCAUCCAGAGAAAAGUACUAAAACCUUUCAGGACACAGACUGGGGGAACAAUUAUGGCUGGAAAACUUGCUAUUGACAGAGGAUGGGCAAUCAAUGUUGGUGGUGGCUUUCAUCAUUGCUCAAGUGAACAAGGAGGGGGCUUUUGUGCUUAUGCUGACAUAACUUUGGCAAUUAAGUUUCUGUUUGACAGAGUGGAAGGAGUGUCUAAGGCCAUGAUCAUCGAUUUGGAUGCACAUCAGGGGAAUGGACAUGAGAGAGAUUUUAUGGAUGACAACAGAGUCUAUAUUAUGGAUGUUUUUAAUAGAUACAUCUACCCAGGUGAUGGAUUUGCAAAGCGAGCUAUCAAGUGGAAAAUUGAGCUGGACUGGGACACGGAGGAUUCAGAGUAUCUGCAGAAAGUGGAAACACAGAUGUCAAAAGCAUUACAGGAAGUCACUCCAGACAUCAUUGUGUACAAUGCAGGCACAGACAUCUUAGAUGGUGAUCAACUAGGAGGAUUGGCUAUUUCACCACAGGGAAUCAUUAAAAGAGAUCAAGCAGUUUUUCAGGCAGCCCGCACGCGUAAGAUACCCAUCCUGAUGGUGACGUCUGGAGGCUACCAAAGGUCUACAGCCCGGAUCAUAGCUGAUUCUAUUCUUAACUUGCACCAUUUGCAACUAAUAGACCAAAAGGUGCUUUAGGUGGAAUGAAUGACUUUUAACACAGCUUUUCUAAUACAGAAAUCUGUAUUAGUUGCAACAUCACUGCUAUCAAUGCAAAGAACUUCCGUUAGUUUGGAGAAAAAUCUAAUUUAAAUACUAAAGUAACAAUGUUCUAUAAUCAACAAAGUUAUGAAUAUAGAUUAGAUAAAGUAAUUAGCAGGUUUACAACACUAUUAAAGGAACAUUCCU